AUGGAAUGUAAACAGCAGACAGUAACGGCUGUUGGUAUAGUUCGUCAAGCAGCAUUUGCUUGUCUUCUUUUUUCUAUUGUGAUGACUUUACUUAUCGUUGAUGGUACAUUAGCUGAUUCUGAAGCUGAGAUUAUUUCAACACAAGAUGAAAUUAUUACGUAUGUUAAUCAUACAGCAAAAUUAUCAUGUAUUAUACAAAAUAAAAAUCGUCAGCAUGUUACAUGGUCACGUGUAACAUUUAUGAAUGAUACACAAAAAUUAACUAAUCUUUUAUUUGUUGAUCUAUUAAAAUAUACUCCAUUUAGUCGUUAUCAUUUAACACAUAUGAUUGAACGAGAUAAUCGUGAAUAUUGGAAUCUUGAAAUACGUAAUAUUCAUGUAUCUGAUCAAGGUUAUUAUAGUUGUGUAUUAACGGCAAUUAAGCCAAUAUCAAAAAUAUUUCAUGUCAAGGUUCUUGAGAAUGCACGCAAUCCAUUAUUUGCUUUACGCUCAACAUUAGAUACGACAAAUAUGCAACGACGAUCAAAAGAAGAACUUUUUUCCUCAUUAUCUUUAUCAACAUCAUCGAUAUUAACAAUAAUUUUAACGAACAUGAUAUUAAUAAUUAUAUAA